AUGAGCGUGCUGCAUUCUACGGCAGGCAUGGAUGCCACCACCUUGCAUCGACUCGGCAGCCAGCUGAAGCAAAUCGUGCAUGAGCAGGUCAUCCAGUCAGACAAGCCGGUAGAAUUGCCUGCUCCGGAGUCUCCUGCAUUGUCGAUUUUAAACCCUUCCCCAGAGCUGUUACCAGGCCCACAGCUUCUUCAUGAGCUUGCCUUGAGCGGCUCCAAUGACUCCAACAAUGCCAUCGAAUUUCUGGCCGCGGAUGGAAACAUUCGCAGUCUCUCGUACAGCUCGCUGGACCAAUUAUCUUCCAAACUAGCGACGGAAAUUAUUCAUGCUUCAGCCGCACGAGUGAGCGAUGGGCGGAAACUGGUGGUCCCCGUCCUGCUACCACAAUCCCUCGAGCUGUACAUCGCCUGGCUGGGAAUUCUCAAAGCUGGCGGAGCAUUCUGUCCCUUGAACACCGAUGCCCCGCCUGACAGGAUAGAAUUUAUCCUGCAGGACGUUGCUGCAUCAGUGGUGGUUACGCAAAGUAGCUUGGCUGCUCGGGUUCCACAAGACGAACGCCUGGCAGUGAUCAAGGUGGAGGAGAUUGUAAACUCAACUGACAAUCUGGAGAUUUCCCGACCAAUGGCGCAAGCCUCACCCUCACCUUCUGAUCUGGCCUACGUGAUGUACACAUCAGGAUCAACCGGUCGCCCGAAAGGUGUGGGCAUUUCUCAUCUGGCUGCUACCCAAUCUUUGCUUGCGCAUGAUAUCUUGAUACCCCAAUUUAAUCGCUUCCUUCAAUUUGCUUCGCCUACUUUCGAUGUUUCCGUUUUCGAGGUCUUCUUCCCUUUCUUCCGCGGAGCGACGUUGAUCGGCUCCGACAGGGAACAAAUGCUGCUUGAUAUUUCUCACGUCAUGACUGAAAUGAGGGUUGACGCGGCGGAGUUAACUCCCACGGUAGCGGGGGAGUUGCUGCGCACUAGAGCAGCGGCACCUUGUCUGCGAGUUCUUCUCACUAUCGGUGAAAUGCUCACGAAGUAUGUCGUGGAAGAAUUUGGCCAGUCAGAAAAGUCGGAUGGCAUUCUCCAUGGUAUGUAUGGUCCGACCGAGGCUGCAAUUCAUUGCACCGCAGCCACGCAUUUCCAAGCCGACUCUGCAGUCAAUUUGAUCGGGAAACCUUUCAGCACUGUGUCUGCAUUCAUCAUGUCCCUGGAGUCGGAGGACAAAUCGCAAGUAAAUGCUGAUCUUCAACCUCUUCCAAUUGGCCAGAUUGGCGAGCUUGUGGUGGGUGGUCCUCAACUAGCAGAUGGGUAUAUCAAUCGACCAGAAGAAAAUGCCAAAGCAUUCAUCGAAAGUCCAGUCUACGGCCGACUCUAUCGCACGGGUGAUAAAGGGCGCAUGUCCUCCACAGGCGAGAUUGAGUGCUUUGGACGAAUCUCUAGUGGUCAAGUCAAACUUCGAGGCCAGAGGAUAGAGCUCGGAGAGAUUGAAAAUGUCAUUUGCAAAUCGCCCAAUGUGCGAAGCGCCGUUGCUAUUGUUAGUGGUGGUAGCCUGGCAGCAUUUGUCUUGGCCAAUGAUCAAGGCACCACGGACCGUGAAAUGCGAGAUACUUGCCGUCAAUGGAUGCCCCGGUUCAUGGUGCCCGGUGAAUUCAUUUUGAUCGACCAAUUCCCCCAAUUGCCAUCGGGAAAGAUUGAUCGCAAGGGACUCGAAGCUGACUUCGUCCGUCGUCGCAAUGCUGCCCAAUCUGUUGAUCAACUCACUUUCCGUGAUGAGGCCGAGGAAACGAUCGCGUCUUGUGUAUUCGACGUGCUCGGCAAAAGGAUACCAGUCGAUGAUUCUCUGGUCUCUGCUGGUCUUGAUUCACUUGCUGCUAUCAGACUCGCUUCUCAUCUGCUGGACACUGGGAUGCGUCUGGACGUUGCGCGCUUGCUGGAGGCAGACAGUGUGGAUGGAAUAUGGCACCUUGCGAAAGCGCAGGCUACCAGUGAAUCGACGGAAGAUACUCAAACAGCCAUUAACCGCAUCCGCCAACUUGUCAGAGAUGCCGGCGCAGCAAGGAUAGAGGCGCUUGGACUUAGUGGACAGGUUGCCGAGAUCGAACCGUGCAGCCAUAUCCAACAGGCAAUGAUUCUGGAAACCGCGCGAGACACAAAGGCUUACUCCAACUGGAUUGAACUGCAAUUUCAACCCACAGUCACCUCCGACAACAUCCAUGAUGCGUUCGUCAAGACCUUUGAGCACAAUGCGUUAUUGCGUUCGGGAUUUGUUGAAAUCGGCCUCAAGGAGAAUUCUUACGCUCGCUUUACCUGGAAUACCCCCGACGACCAAACAAUACAAAAGUGUGAUGUUUUCAACUACGAAAUCUCCUUGAUCUCAGAGAAUGAUCUCCUCCACCCUCUACGCCUUCAAUUGAAGGAGUCAAGUGAUGGUGUGCGGGUCCUUGUGCAUAUUCACCAUUCACUGUACGACGGCUGGUCCUGGCAGUUGAUACUAAAAGAUCUCCAACACAUCUUGAAUAGGGAGGAACUUCCCCCCAAACCAGCAUACAACAUCAUCACCGAUUUCUUCAUCGAGUACAAACUCAGCGAAUCUGCCAACGAAUCUUCCAACUUCUGGCGUGACCAACUACAAGGCACUCCUUCUCUCGCCUUCCCCAACUUCCACAGCGUAAGCAAUGUAUCGCCGAAAACACAAGAAGCCAACCGAGUACUGGAUAUUUCCAUCUCAAAGCUCAACGAGGUUUCCCAAAGCCUGCAUGUCAGCCGACAGACUAUCUUCCAAGCUGCAUACUGCUACAUGCUCUCAACCUACCUCGGGUCAAAGGACGUCACCUUCGGAACCGUCUUCUCAGGUCGAACUUUACCAGUGAAGGGUAUUGAAACCGUUCUCGGGCCCUGUAUUCGCACACUCCCCACACGCAUGGAUCUAGGCAAGAUGCAAAAUGUCACAGAUCUCAUGCUGGCAAUUCAAAACAUGAAUCGCAAAUCCCUUGAGCACGGCAGUCUCCCUCUACAGGAUAUCAAGAAGGCGUCUGGAAUUGACCCACGACGGAACCUCUUCGACACCGCCCUCGUGUGGCAGGAGAGUAUCUGGUCUGAUGAUCAGAAUGCGAACGCCCUCUUCCGCGAAGUUGGGAAUGGCGAAUUCCUUGAAUUUGCAUUUCUGUUGGACCUUGAGCCGAGAGAAGAUAAGGUUCACGCAAAGAUGUCUUACCAGCAGUCUGUAUUGCCGUACGAGCAGGCGCAGCUUCUCCUUGAACAGAUUGAUUUGGUCGCUUCUAUUCUUAUUGAGAAUUCACAGCUGCCAAUUGGGGAGGUUGCCUCCUACCUUCCUUCGUCGAUAUUGUCAAUUUCGAACCCGGAGAUCGAGACACAGACACAGACCCCGACACAGGCUGGUCUUCCAAGCCUGGUCUCGAAUAUCGAGAGAAUAGCCUCUACAGAUCCGUAUCGAACAGCGGUGGAAAUUUUGCUGCAGGGUACCUCUGCCCAUGAGUCAACGAUUAUUGAGAGCAUUUCCUACACCCAAUUACACUCUCGAUCAAAUCGUCUCGCCCAUUACUUCACCAAAGCUGGAGUUCUAAAGGGUGAUAUGACGGCUCUUUCCCUUGAUAGAUCUAUUGAUACCCUGAUUUCUAUCCUUGCUCUCGCCAAGAUUGGAGCUGGUCUUCUAUCUUUGACGCAUGAUGCUGAUGCUGAUGCUGAUGCUUCGCCUCAAUUCACUAAUUCCAUUCUCGCCACUGCGAAUCCACGAUUCUGCAUUAUCAAUCAAUCUGUGACCGAUUGGACAGUACCGGAUUCAACUUCGCAAAUUCGCAUUCCGGAUUCACUAAGCGAACUUGACGACUUCCCCGCCUCUUUCACGAACGAUGAUGGAUUCUAUAUUAUUUGUGCCGAGAAUCCGUCAACGAAUGAUGACCCGACCCCGAACCUUUUCUCCUUUUCCUUGCACAAUCUUCAAAGCCACAUCAAAGCUCUUGCGGAUUCUUAUCCUGUUCCCGUUUCCACUGGAUCGAAGUUAUUGCAUACAUCUCCCCUUGAAUCUGCUAGUGAGUUACACAACUACCAAUACCAGCACCAGCACCUUGCUAUAUUGACCAGUGCCUCGUGCCCUCUUAUGGAAUACAAUGCUAAUUUGAUGAUUGUCACCAUCGAAUAG